CCUUGUAAGCGUUCCCGGAAGUCUCGCGAUGUUGCGCCUCUGGGAUUAGAAACUCUGUGGUAGCAGCGUCUGUCACAGCAAACUUGUCUCCACGCAGCCACAGCGCUCAAUUGCAGAUAAUCGUGAACCGGCGCAUCCAAGUUCAGCCGUUUAUCACGCCUAGUGGUCCUUACGUCCUAACCAGCCAGACUAUUUGCGAUGACGUGUCUCCCAUCUGUCCGCUACCGCAGCUGAAAAACAACAAAUCAAACAUCUCAAUUUAAACAUUUUAGAAGUGUUUAUGCUGCGGUUAUGGCAGGCCUGCAUCGCACGCGUAUAUUCGGCUCCAUCACACUGUUGUUCCUGUUGUCCUGUGACACCCUGUUGAGUGAUGGACCACCCACCUUGCUGUCCACCUCCCAGCCCUCUCCUCUGUCCCUCAUUGACCUGGAUCUAGAUGUGGAGGAGCAGCCUGAGAUGAUGACCGUUCCAGGCAGCCCCACCACGGUACCAGGCCUAACCUCCCAGGGACGGGAGACCUCCCAGCAGGACACGUCCCAGGAGUCCUCAGGGUUCUUCAGUGAGGACGGUGAAGACAACAAGCCUCUCCAGUCCUCUGUUAAUCUCUGGGACGAUGUCAGAGACCAAGUCAACAUCACUGAUCUAGACAGGAAGUCCCUCAGAGGUUACAGUCAAACCCUCUCCCAGUCCUCCACCUCAACUAUGGAGGAACCCAGACAGGGGAACCACACUUCUCCGUUCAUGACUGCGAUGGAGAACCUGGAGCGGGAGUUAUGGGAGAUGGAGAGAGAGUCCAGUGGCCUCCCCGUAGAGCCUGGCUAUGCCCAGAACCAGGGCCUGUCUACUACCACCACCAUCCCUGCUGCUGACCCGGUGGUUCCUGUAGACUCCACCACCUUAGACCCACAAUAUGUCCCUGUACACGGGGGCCAGGAAUCACCUCCUGGGGACACAGUGGAGGUAGAGGUAGCAGAGGAGGAAGAGGAGACGGAUGGGGAGAUGAAGAGGGAGAGUCCCACCACUGAGCCUGACGUCUCCAUCGCCACCUCCAGACCCACCCUCCCAGAGGUGGGUCUCUUCCCCAGCUUUGGGCCCCUCCAGCCGGACAACAUUCAUACAGAAGACCGGGAGGAGGUGGUGGAGGAAGAGGAUGAAGAGGAGACAGUGGUCCUUGGAGGACCUGGGAGUGACAGGGGGAGAGGAGGGUCCAUCUCUCCCCUGACCACGGUCCCCUCUGCUUCUUUGGCCCCCACAGUCGGCUUCACAGAGGACUCCUGGGAUCGUCUGGAGGAAGGGAGGGAGGGCCAGGAGGAGGAGGAGAGGAGGCAGGAGGAGCAGGAGGUUAAAAAUGGAGGAACAGAGCUGUUAACAGAGACAGAGAUCCUCCAUGGUGCACACUUCUCACAGGAGAUACAGCAGGUGAUCUGUGUGGACUGGAGCGAUCUGGCUGGGAAGGGCUACAUCAUCCUCAACAUGUCAGACAGCGUUGACUGUGAUGAGUUCCGUGUGGAGAGUGGGGACCGGCUCCUGGAGCUACUAGAAACAGCCUUCUCUAGGAAGAUGGAUAGUCCUCAGGGCUCCUGGCUCAUCUCUCUCUCUAAACCCACCAUGCAGGACCACCAGCUGCUCAUCACACUGGCCAGCGAACACGGAGUUAUUGCCACCAAGGAUGUGCUGUCGAUGUUAGGUGAGAUAAGGAAAGGUUUACACGAGAUUGGCAUCCAGAGCUACAGCAGUGCUAGCACCUGUCACUCCAGACCCAGUCAGACGCGUAGUGACUACGGGAAGCUGUUUGUGGUCCUGGUGAUCAUAGGUUCUGUCUGUGUGGUCAUCAUCGCCUCUGGUCUAAUCUAUAUCUGCUGGCAGAGACGCCUGCCUAAGCUGAAGACUAGGACUCGAGGUGAGGAGCUUCAUUUUGUGGAGAACGGCUGCCAUGACAACCCCACCCUGGACGUGACGAGUGACGGGGGACAGCCGGAGAUGCAGGAGAAGAAGCAUCACCAUUACCAACACGCUAACGGACUGACGGCUGGGACCGGGUCUGGGGGGGUGGCCGGGGGGGAGGGAGGGAGUAGUGGCUGGCAGGUCCUGGUCAACAAACCUGGAGGGAAGGAAGAGGAUAAUAUGGAAGAGGACACACACCUUUAGUAAAGAGACGAAGAAGAGUGAAGGAGGAUGGAAAAAGGGUAGCCUGGAUCCAGAUCUAUUUGUGCUGUCUUGCCGACUUCUAUGGUCAUUGUCAUAUUUGGCUUGGUAAAGACGGCACAAACAGACCUGGGAGUCGGACUAGGCUAGAAAGAGAACUCAUGAUGAAGAAGCAAAAAAUCAUCAGUGUUGUGAAACUUGUGAAUGCAUCGGCUGUCAAAUUAGAAACACACGUGAAGUAAACUAAUCAGAAGAAACAACUUCUUUAAACUUCUUUAAUGAUAUGGACUUGAUCAUCUACUCUGCUUUCCUUUUUUUUGUCAACUAAGCAUGAUUCACAUCUAUUACUAAACACUGUACAGCUACAGGGACUUUUCAGAAUGUUGAAACAUUGAAUGUUACAAUAUCCAAUCAGAGUGAAUAGAGGAGAUAUCCCACCGUUAUGAGUAUGAAUGUUUGUAGUGGAACUGCUGAAGUUAGGAUAUUGUAUUUAACAUGUUGAAUGCAGACGCGAUAUGCUAGCUAUUCUGUAUUAUGUUGAGUUGGAAUGACUCCUCUGUAUCUGGUCAGUUCACACUGAUCUUAUUUCAAAAUCACACAAUAAUUUGGAAGCGUCCAUUACUCCCAGCCUCCUUACAAUCAAGAAUACGUCAACGAAAUAACUAGUUUGGUUGCCGGAUCUGAUUGCUUUAGCAAACUGAUCUCUGGCUGCUGUGGCAUGGUAACAAACAAGGGGUUGGCUAAAGCACAAGCACAUCUGGCAACCAGACUGCAAAACAACAGAGGGAGGCUGGCAAUAUUUAAAACGCUUUCAGUUAUAUCACACUGAAUUAAUUGAUUAUAAGCACAGCUAAUAUUGUUUUGGGCUAUUAACUGUAGAAGUGAAGGCCUGUAAAUAUGAAUGUAUUUUGAAAUCAUGCUGCUAGAAUUUCUUCUGUGGCAUUAAUGACAUUCUGUCAUUUAAAUGUGAACAAUAUAUCUUCUAUGCCUGGCAGUAUUGCCACUGCUUCAAAAUGGUGGGAUAUGUUUUUAGUGCACAGUCAGCUUGAGGUCAGCUUAUUUUACAGAAAGCGAACAAUAUCACCAAGCAGGCAUGCUGGCACACAUCUCCCAUAGCCUACACUGUGCUUGGCCUAUAAGUAUUUGAAACGCUUAAAUCAGUAAUACAAGCUAAAACUGUUUUGUGUUUGUGUGUGCGUGCGUGCUAGUGUGUGUGUGUGUGUGUGUGGGGGUGAAGGAGGAUGGAAAAAGGGUAGCCUGGAUCCAGAUCUAUUUGUGCUGUCUUGCCGACUUCUAUGGUCAUUGUCACAUUUGGGGGGGGGGGGGUAGCUUCCAAAACUAGUAAGAUCUUAUAUUGGAGGGAUCGGCUACUAAACCAAUGCUGUCCCUUCCUUGUUUGUUGUAUUUCGCAUGACUAAACAAGCAGAUAGCCACUAUGUGUUUUAAAUUCUGUAUUGGAGGGUUGACCUCGCCAGGGUCGUGUUCAUUAGGCAUUAAACGGAAGAAAACUAACUGAAUCAGGGAGGGACUACUUGACUUGUCCAAUAAGAAACACACAUUUUCAUAUUCCGUUGCAAGAUGUUUUAAAACAUUUUCCGUUGCGUUCCCUAAUGAACACGACCGAGGAAAGUUCAGAGAAUAGGAGAACCAAUUAUUUAUAUAUACACUAAAUGACUGAUAGGGGGCGCUGUGUUGAAGCCUCCGUGCCUCCAUCUUGGUACUCCUCCUCCAUUGUAAUGAAGCCAAUGCGCAGCCAUCUUGGUACUCCCCCAAUGUAAAACAUUUUUUGGGGAAGCUAUAUAAAUCCAUUUAUUAAUGUCUACAUUAGUUUUAAAUUAUAUCAUGUGAGCUAAACAUAUAUAUACAUAAGUAAAACAUACUAUUUAGAGAUUAUUAAUGUUACUGUCCCCACUACAACAACAAAAAUUACUUUAAAAUGUAAUUUUGUCCUUAAAAUAUAAUUUUGAAAUACUGUAGAAUUACAUUCAUUCCUAUGGAGGACUGCUCCUACUGGGGAGUACCAGUAUGGCGUCCCGAAGGCUAACAAAACCUCUCAAUGGCCAAUACAUAUCAUUGGUCUGAGAAAUCAGCAGUAGGUCUGUGUGGGUUGCUCCAAUGUAUUGCUCGUGCAGUGUUGUCUCUAUCCACUUGAAAGCUACACUGAAAUAAGUGUGGCUCAGUGUUGUUGAAAUGUCGAUGUUAUUGUCGAAGUAAUAUCGCAUCUUUAAGUGUCAUCAAGUUGUGUGUGUUAUUUCUAUUAGAAGUGUACUGACCUUGUCCCCAGGCUCCAUUGCUACGACAGAGAGAGAGAGGGAGAUGGCUGGAGACCAGAUUAGAAGAUUUGUUAUUUUGAUUUAUAAAUUAACAUGAUUUCUAGUUUUUCCCACAACUUUAUGCGAUUUUUUAAUUAAUUUUUUAAAAUUCAUAUUAGUUUUCAUUAAUCUUUAACUGUUUUGGAUUUAUGUAUCAUGUAAUAUAUAGAAAAUAAACGUUUGGGAAAUGUUCCUUUGGUAA